CCGGAACCCGGAAGUCCUGGCAAGGAAAGGCGGCCGAGGAGUUCAGCCAGGAUGGACGAUACACUCUUCCAGUUAAAGUUUACAGCCAAGCAGCUGGAGAAGCUUGCCAAGAAGGCUGAAAAGGACUCCAAAACAGAACAAGCCAAAGUCAAGAAGGCCCUUCAGCAGAAGAAUGUGGAAUGCGCUCGUGUCUACGCAGAGAAUGCCAUCCGGAAGAAGAACGAAGGCUUGAACUGGCUCCGUAUGGCUUCCCGUGUAGAUGCGGUGGCCUCCAAGGUCCAGACAGCUGUGACCAUGAAGGGGGUAACCAAGAAUAUGGCCCAGGUGACCAAGGCCUUGGACAAAGCUCUCAGCUCCAUGGACCUUCAGAAGGUUUCUGCUGUGAUGGACAAGUUUGAGCAGCAGGUCCAGAACUUGGAUGUUCACACUUCAGUGAUGGAGGACUCCAUGAGCUCGGCCAUGACCUUGACAACGCCCCAGGAGCAAGUGGACAGUCUGAUCGUGCAGAUUGCCGAGGAGAAUGGCCUGGAGAUUAUGGACCAGCUGAACCAGCUGCCCGAGGGGGCCUCGGCUGUGGGCGAGACCUCUACGCGUUCGCAGGAGGAUCAGCUGUCGCGGAGAUUGGCUGCCUUGCGGAAUUAACUCUCCUGCAGCCUCACGGACUGUUGCUCCUGCCUUGCUCUCCUUGAUUUGUGGGGGUUCCUGCCUGGGGCCCUGGCCUUCCAGCCCUCUGACCAGCCUCUCCAAGGGCCAGAAAGAAGACUGGCCUCUCUACUCCUUCAGGCCUGCUGUGUCCAGCGGUGCAGCUACUCCUCAUCCACAAUGAUAGCUCCUUCCUAAAGAAGCGGUGGUGACAGCAAGGGUCUGCGUGAACGUGCCUGGUCCUUGGCGAAGGGCUCUCCAGGAGUGGGUGCCCUUUCUCCCCCAACCGCUCCUCCUUCCAGCCUACGCUUCCCACCCUCUUCCUCCUCCUCUUUGGUCUGACGAGAGGAACAGGAGCACGCAACACUUGCCCGUGGUGGAAGUGCGGCCCUUGCAGGAGUGAGGUCACGUGCGUUCCUGAGAGAGCCAGGAACUUCCCUGGUGCUACCUGCGUAGAUUCCGAUGUGCUGAUUGUU